CCGCUUGCCAUCUGUCAUUAUUUGUGCGGCAACGAAAGCGUGUUGCGUGUUUCUUCAAGAAAGUUCGGUAAAAAAAAUAUAAAAUACAAAUCUUCUCAAGUAAUAAACGAUUCCAAAAUGUGAUUUUCGUGGUAUAACUAUCAAUUUAUUUGAAAGGAAAAAACAAUCAUCUUCAUGUGCAAAUCAUCAAAGAUGGUUUCAAGCGCUACGAGGGUGAUACAAGUUACCAACAUCGCCCCUCAAGCGACAAAGGAUCAAAUGCAAACAUUGUUUGGUUACUUGGGGAAAAUAGAUGAUAUUAGAUUAUACCCAACAAUCAGAGAUGUGUCCUGUCCUGUUCAGUCAAGGAUUUGCUACGUCAAAUAUUACGAUUCUGCAACCGUUAAUGUCGCUCAACAUAUGACGAAUACUGUGUUUAUCGACCGCGCUUUGAUCGUUAUUCCCAUGCAAUCUGGCGAGAUUCCCGAUGAACAUAGGGCAUUAGAAAUGUCAAGUAAUGGUACACUAGUACCAGGACUAAGUACGGUCGAGCCACGGUUACCGGCUCAUGUAAUUAACACAUUAGAAGGCGUCCCGCCAAAUCAAGUUAUACAAACAUAUGAUCCUAAAAUAGUUGAAGCGGGUUUGCCGCCAUAUCCACCACUCCCAGCGGCAUAUGAUUCUAGGAAGAUAGAAGAGAUAAGAAGAACACUUUUACUCAUAGAUGUUGGAGCACUAACUCAUCAACAACUUGUGGAUCAUUUUUGUCAGGCUGGUGAGAUCAACUAUUUGCGCUUCUGUGAACGAGAUGUUGAUAGUCUUAAAUAUGCACUUCUUGAAAUGACAGAACAAGAAAGUGUAUUGAAAGUUCUUCAAUUGAAUGGAACGGCUGUCGAAGGGCAGAUUAUAAAGGUGCAUCAUGCUACUCAGGCUAUUUCAAAGCCUCAAACGAAGAGUAAUGAAGCUGCCCAGAGGGAGAUAGAAGAAGCCAUGUGUAGAGUAAAGGAAGCACAGAACCUCAUAUCAGCUGCUAUUGAUCCUGUUAUAGGAUUGUUGUCUAAGGAUAAAAGGAGGACGCGUUCCCGCUCCCGCUCGCGGCGCCGCUCGCGCUCGCGCCACCGCGGGAAGCGCUCGCGGUCGCGCUCGCGGCAUCGUUCCCGCCGCUCGCGCUCGCGCCACCGCCACCGCACCAGAUCCCGUUCACGUCACCGUAGUUCCCGACGAACUCGCUCCAGAUCUCGCCAUCGCAGUUCGCGAUCAAAACGUGACAAAUCCCGUGACCGCGAUCGCAAAGACAAGAAGGACUCUGAAAAAGACAAGAAAGAAAACAAAGACAAGUCUAAGACACCACCAAAGGAAGUCGAGAAAGAAGAAAAAGAGGAAGCGAAAAUAGAAAUCGCAGCAAUCGAAACCAACGGAACUUCUGAUACUAAAUCUAAAGCAUCAACACCCGCUGAAGAAAAGGAGAAAUACGUCGAGGUUGAAAAGGAAAAAGAAACUAAAGAGAAGGAGAAAGAAAAAGAAAAGGAUAAAGAAAAAGAGAAAGAUAAAGAAAAGGAAAAAGAUAAAGACAAAGAAAAGGAUAAAGAUAAGGAGAAAGACAAGGAUAAAGAUAAGGAGAAAGACAGGGAUAAAGAUAAGGAGAAAGACAGGGAUAAAGACAAGGAAAGGGAUAAGGAUAAAGAAAAAGAAAAGGAUAAGUCGCCUUCAAAGAAAAAGGAUAGAUCACGUUCUAGAGAUCGAAAGCGAGAUCGCUCUCGUUCUAAACGUAGAUCCAGAUCGCGGUCAAAAAGAAAACGCUCGAAGUCACGCAGACGAACACGUUCACGAGAUAGGAAGAGAUCAAGAUCAAGGGAUCGAAAAAGAACCAGAUCGCGUGAUAGAAAGCGUUCUCGCUCGAGAGAUCGUCGGAGAACCCGGUCUAGAGAUAGAAAACGAUCCCGCUCCAGGGAUAGGAAGCGUUCGCGGUCUCGUGACCGUGAUCGUGACCGCGAACGCGACCGUGACCGCGACCGAGACCGUGACCGUGACCGUGACCGAAAACGUUCCCGCUCACGCACGAGGAGGUCUAAAAGUCGAUCACACAGAGAUUCAAAGACUCCUCAUUCGAGAAAGUCUCGCGACCGUUCGCCUAAUCUUCCGCCAGUAAUCGAGGAGAAGAACAAUUCAUUAAUGGAUGAUAAAAUCCUUGACAUGACGGAUGAGAAAAAUUCGCCAGAUAAUAUGGACAUUUCCAAUUCCCCAUAAUUAGGUUGUUUCUAUAAUAACCAUAUAAACAGGACAUGUAUAAACGAUUUUUGUUAUAAAAUAUUUUUAUAAGCAUCCUUCGAUUGUAAUCUAGUGUUUUUCAUCUUGUUUUGUAGUAGGGAUUUUAAAAUUGAUUAAUAAGUUAAGAGUAAUAAAUUGUAAAAUCAAAU